CCCAUAUAUUGGAAGAAAAGUGAAGGGCAAGGAAAUAAAUAAAUAUAGGGUGGUUUAUGCUAAUCAAAACAACACCAGUUGCCCACCCGAUUUCCUCUCUUUGGAAUUCGGAAGGUCUAUGUGACAAUACAUUAAAGAAAGUUUUUAGUCUGGAGAUGUACAGGGAACAGCUCCCUCUCAGCCUCCGUUUGCUAGGACAGGCUGGGGAAAAAGUGGGCUGCGGGAAGCCUGCUUUGAUUAUAGGGUCAUUCUUGUAGGCAAUGUUAUAGGCUUUUCAUGCCUCUUCCCCCAAAGUCAUGGCUCGUUCCCAAGUCCGUUGCUUGGAGAGUGAAGAGCCAUAUGUUAAAGUAACCGAAUCGAACCCUGAAUUUUACUACUCCGAGGGCCAGCGACUGGCCCUUGAAGCCCUGCUUACUCAGGGCGACGAGGCCUUUAAGGAGCGUCUGUCCCAGGAAAAGUUGCGCCCUUUUCUGUCAGAUGCAGAGCUGCAGGAGUUAAAGACUGCCGCCGACGCAGAAGGCUCACAGAACUCCCUUGCAGGAGGAGUGGGGAAACACAGUCUUCGGAAUGAAGGAUCAAGUCUCAGCUACUGGCCUGGGCGAUCGGAUGAGCCCACUCCAGACCUGGAACUCGGGUGGCCGGACAGUGGGGCUUGGAAAGGGAUCACCCGAGCCGAAGUCUAUCUCCAUCCACCAGGAGAGGGCGCACCACACAUCAAGGAGCUGGUCCGCAGAUGUAUCCAACAAGCCGAUAAGGUGAUUGCUAUAGUCAUGGAUGUUUUCACCGACCCUGAUAUCCUCUUAGACCUAUUUGAUGCAGCUGUUAGGCGGCGAGUUCCUGUCUACGUUGUCCUCAGCAAACAGCAUCUUGCCUCCUUCCUCACCAUGGCAGAGAAAACAUGCCUUAAUGUCCGUCACUCAGAGAACCUGAGAGUCCGAAUCAUCCAAGGCUGUACAUUCCAGACCAGACAUCAAAAACAGGUCACCGGGACUGUGAAGGAGAAAUUUAUAUUGGUUGAUGGAGAAGUUGUGAUCACCGGCAGCUACAGCUUCACAUGGACUGAUGCCCGCUUGAACCGCCAACUGGUCACUCGGCUCACUGGAGAGGUGACGGAAGCGUUUGACCGGGAAUUCCGAACCUUAUAUGCUGCCUCCUAUCCCUUACCACCCCUAGAGAUGCCCUUAAGACCCCAGCUUCCUUCUACAAACCCACUCCCGAGCAUCAAUGGACCUGAUGCAACCCCAUAUGUCAGUGUCUUGGAGGGAGUGCAGUUGUCCAACCGGAUUGCUGACCGUCGUUCUGUGGCUCCUCAGCCUGUAGCCAAGAGCCGGGCUGGUGAGUGGGAACUUGUAUUGGCUUCACCAGCUACGGCUGAAGAUCCUAUGCUCCCUGCCCCUCCUCCGGAGGUGUCAAUCCGAAACCGGCUUACGGCAUGGCGUGGUGUGAACCUUUCUAGAGGGGGCACACAGGGCUCCCCAGAAGGUGGGCACAGUGCUCUAAGUGACAUCCUCAAGAAUGUACAGCGGACUCGUCUCUCAGUGGCCAAAACUACUGGGGCUCGGGCUAGUAAGUCCCUGUGGGAUCUCAGCCGCUUCAGUCAGAUGUCUGGUUCCAGCGCAACAGGGUGGGGACGGAACGGGAUAGAUUCAGCUGAAGAAGCUAAGAAGUGGGGCUACCAGGACACACCAGCAAAGGAACUUAUGAAACAGCGAGGAGCUGGCCAUGCCCAAGAAGAACCAAGGAUGCCUGUUUACCUGGCACAUGGACGUAUGACCCCUUCCCCUAACUAUUCACCUUUAGGAAGACUACAAGGACAGCUAUAUUAUAAUCCGCAAGGCAUGGGUCUACCCCGGGCUUGGGGACACCCAGGAAAGCACCAACAUGGACAUCAGCUCCGGUUCUGAAAUUGUUCCGAAUGUCCAGAGGGAAGGAAAAGUACUCCGAAGAGGGGGAGAAACCUGGAACAGAGUGGGAGGUUUCCUUCAAGCCCAGUGGUUUACAGAAAGAAAUCAGAUUAUUCAAACUGCAGGAGAAACUAAGGAAUGAUUACAUGCCUGAGGCUUUUAAUGUAUUCUGCUCUAAACUGGGAGAGUUUUCUACCUAAUGACUUUUCCCCCAGUGAACUGCCAAUUGCAGUCCUGAACUAUUCCCAGUUUACAUUGUGACAAAUCUAUUUUACUGAGAUUAUGUUGCGUCAGCAAAUGAGGGAAGCCACACAAAUGUCUACUAACGCAACUACACUAGGCCAAUGUUGAUUGGUAUAGGCUGAACUGGAGAGAAGCAGCAGGUUGGAAACUCAAACUCAUCAGCUGACAGCAGCUGAAGCACUGAGAACCAAUACAAAAAGUUAUGUCGGCAGAAAAAUUGGAUGCCUUCUUAACCCCCUGCCGCCCCCAAUCAAUAUGGGUGAAAUGGAUGCCAUUCAUACCAAACUCUUGUGAAUGGGACAAAAGGUUGCAUGUGCUGUCUUU